AUGGAAACAAAAAAGUUCGAGACUGCCCCAAAUUGCUGGAUCAACACUAGAAUCUGGCCAUGCCCAGAUAAUAAUCAAAAGCCCCUCCUCGUCCUCCUCCACUACUGGGGCGGUUCAUCAAACACCUGGCAUAAACUCACCGCAUCAAAUUCUCCGACGUCCCUUAGCACCAUCUAUCCAACCAUGGCAAUCGACCUCCGCGGCUGGGGCGAAUCAAGAGACCAACCAGAAAGCCUGACCCAAGACACCGUCCGAACGUACUCAAUCUCCGCAAUGGCACUUGAUGUCGGAUCCAUUCUUCGCAAGAUGAACUCAGACCCUAGCACCAAGGAUCUCUUCAACUACGGCUUCGUUCUCGUGGGACACUCCAUGGGAGCGAAAGUUGCUCUCGCAACUACUGAUUCACUGGGAGAUCUCCUUCAUGUCCUAAAGGGAUUUGUUCUCCUUGCGCCGGCACCAGUUACGCCGCUCGUUCUUUCUCACGAAAUGAGUGAGCAGCAGCAGACUGCGUAUGACUCUGAGGGGUCUAUUCGGGCGGUGGUUGCGAAUCUCUUGGCUGAGGAGGGGAAGUUGGAUGCUUCUGAUGUUGAGCUGGUGGUUCGGGAUAGUUUGAAGGGACAUUCCUCUGCUAAGAAAGCUUGGCCUGCUUAUGGGAUGCAGGAGGAUGUUUCUGCGCUUGUGCAGGGUGCACUGCGGCAAGUGAGUGUUCAUCAGCCAAAGCUUCGUGCGAUUGUGCUUUAUGGGAAGAAUGAUAUAGUUGAGCCUGAGGCGCGAGUCAUGGAGAAAGUUGUCCCGUUCUUAGAGGCCAAUAACAUACGGGUUAGUCGUCUUGAGGGUGUCGCGAAAGUGAAGCACCUUAUUCCUCUUGAAGGACCAGAGGUUGUAUACGAGCAAAUCUGCCUAGAGUUUUGA